CAAGAGGGAUAAUCUCAGAAGCUGACCAAGCAGCAAACAACCUCUGUGUGCGUUGCUUUGAAGUUAACUCUCCGGCUGCCUUUACCACAAAAGGCACAGAAAGCCAGCGAGCCAAGUACGUCAGCAUCAGAUAAACAAAUGGGUCAAGUAGGAACCUGUCAGAGAUGAUCAUCCGCAGGACAAAAAGGGGGGAAACGAUUUACCAGAAAGGGAACUGUGUGGAUGAUAAUGUACAGGAACCUCUAACGGAAAAGAAGCUGGAUUUUCAAAAGACACAAAGAGCAAAAGAUGAAGGGGAACAUUUGAAAAGCGGUUUUAGGUAAAACUGUUGAAAAACGAAAGGAGGGAAAGACGAAAACAGCAAGUACAAGUGAGUAGGAAACUGUAUGUGGGAGGAGUGUGGAAAAAAAAAAACCCUGAAGGAGAGUCUAUGGUGUGUGAGCCUGUUCCUGUGCGUCACGCAUGUAAUUUUGUGUCCCUGCUGGUAACCAGGCAGGGAUGAACCUCGUCUCGCGGGGAUACAAGGAGGAGCCAUCUAAUGAGUACAGCUAGAGAAUAACACACUGCUGACUCUACCAGGGACCGGAGCUCGGAGGACUCAGUCCCUCCACCAGAACACAACAAAGCCAUCUUUACAACCAAAUAUAGCUCUGAAGUGCUGCUGUACUUGUUAAUGGAGCGAGUGGAGUGGACCUAUGUGUAGAUCCUAGUCAGGAAGCUAUGAGGAGCAUUAAAGCCUUGGAGUAUCAGAAAUUUGCUUGUAUGUAAAUCUUUAUUUCUUCAGAAACAACAGAUAUCGCUGCCAGAACUACCAGCUGAAGGAGCUUAAACUGUGGCGGUGCUGAAGUACAACAGUGAAACAAGGCUAUUAUGCGCCAGCUUGACGGCAGAAAAUGUAGCUUCCUGUUUUGCCUGGGGAUUGUGGUGUGUUCAAUCAUUUAUGGGCUGAUUAGAACUAAGCCCGUGGAAAAGCCUUCAAGCUCCAGACCUUUCCCCAUUGAAUGUAAACCUGUCCUCUCUGACAUUGAGGAAGGAAACAAAAACUGCCAGAUUGAGAAUUAUCUUCGCAGUGGUGGCCUGCUAUGUUCAAACUUGACUACGGAACUACACUUUAUCAACGCAACUCUAAGUCGUGAAGAAGAAAACUAUCCGUUAGCUUUCAUUAUCACAAUCCACAAAGAGCUAGAGGUUUUUGUCCGCAUGCUUAGAGCUAUUUACAUGCCACAAAAUGUCUACUGCAUACACGUGGAUGCCAAAGCCCCAAUGGAGUACCAGGAAGCCGUAGAAAAACUCGCCAGCUGCUUUGAUAACGUGUUCCUUUCCAGUCGCAGAGAAAAAGUGACAUAUGCUGGAUUUUCACGUUUGCAAGCGGAUUUGAAUUGCAUGAAGGAUCUCUCUACGUCUCCAAUACCCUGGAGGAAAGUCAUUAAUUUGUGUGGACAGGAUUUCCCAGUCAUGAGUAAUCUGGAACUAGUGCAGUACAUGCAGAGCAAAGAAUGGAGGGACAAGAACAUGACGCCCGGGGUCAAACAGCCAGCCACCAUGAGGCACAGAACGCGGUUCCAACACUGGGAGAUUGUGGGGUCAUAUGUUGUCCCAAGGGUGCCAAGACAUGUAAAAGCUCCGCCUCCUCACAAACUGCAAAUUUAUUUUGGCACAGCAUACUAUGCUCUCACAAGGGAUUUUGUGGACUUUGUUUUGAAGGACCAAAUUGCCAGGGACUUUCUUGAGUGGUCCAAAGACACAUUCAGUCCGGACGAGCACUACUGGGUGACACUCAACCACAUAAAAGAAGCUCCAGGUAGUCGGAUUAAUGGAGGCUGGGAAGGAUCCAUCCGGGCAAUCAAGUGGAGGGACCAAGAAGGGAAGAGUCAUGAUGGCUGCAAAGGGCAUUAUGUACGGGACAUCUGUGUCUAUGGUACGGAAGACCUUCAGUGGAUCAUUGAGAAGAAUGGCAUGUUCGCCAACAAGUUCGAGAGUAAUACAUUUCCAGAAGCCCUUCAUUGUCUGGAACAUUGGCACAGGAACAAGGUUCUGAAGCAAGCGACUGUUCCCAUAGAUCCAUCAUGGCAGCUAAACUCAGAGAUCCACUCCAGAACCUCACCUCUAAACAAGCUGUGUUAAAAAAAAAAAUUGUUGCUGAUAGAUCUAACUAAGAGGGCUGUUUACGUUGAAACUUAAAUCCAGAGAGGGAGCAUAAUUGCACAAUUAAAUCUAGUUUGAAAUUAGUUUUACAAUGCAUGUAUGGCUUGAAAAGGGAUAUUUUAAUAUAUUUAUUUAUUUUUUGAAUGUUAAAUAUUCUGUAGGAUGUAAAAAAAAUAAAGACAUUUUGUAAAACCUUUCUACUGUUAGAAUAAAUUGUGUUCUGGAUUAUUUUCAAGGAUCAUGAUAACAUUUGCUUUUGAUGAGAUACAGUAUGUAUUGGAAGAAAUGUACAAGCCAAACAGCUACAGGUCUUACUGCCACAGGCCAUGAACAAGUUGUGGCCUGUGGGUGAUUUAAAGAAAUUUCACAUGAGUUUAUUAAAAAUAAAGAAAAUAGUAUCUUAAAAUUACAAAAGAUACACACUAAGUUUUAAGUUUCAGGGAAACUGCAUGCAGGUUCAUCUGUUCCUUUACUACCCCCUAGUGGCCAGAUAUGCAGAUAUUACAUUUUUUAAUUUUCUUAACACUGAGAUCAACAAGUAUUGUUGUCAUGUACCUGGUACAACGAAAAUAUCAUUGGAAUAUCUUUGACGGAAAAGUACUUCUGUGUUAGUAAUCAGCCUUUCAUAAUAUUUCUGUAUACGCGUCAACUUUGCUAUAUCCGUAAUUAGCUGUGUACUGUAGCUGUUAAAUUCUUUCUUGUGACUUUGUUACAGACAUAAGUAUAACUGCCACAUAUUUAAGCUAGAGGACAGGAGGUUCAUGCAUUUUCAUUCAAUUGCUGUUUAUUUUAAAUGACAAAACAUGUUCACUCCAGUUGGUUUUUCAUGUUUACAAAAAAGAUUAAACCAAUUUGAACACUUGA